AUGAGUGAAGGUGCCACAAGAUCUAUUAGGGUUCGAAGGGCUAAAGGAAGUAAUAACGACGGUGGCACUCAUAGCAAAUUACUCAGUCAAGCUCAGCAUCUAAAGAAAACUCAACUUAAUGAAAUAAGAAAACGGAAACGUGAUUUUUUAACAAGAAUCCAUUAUACCAACUUUGCAACGGUAGUUGUAUUUCCAGGUCUAGUCUUGUUAUAUGUGUUAUAUAAUCAGAUGUCCAUAUCACCACAGAAUACCAAGACUUUGAUAUUUACUGUGGUUUACUUUAACAUCACUUUGCUCAGCUUUACUGCUGGUUAUCAUAAGUGUUUUGCUCACAAUACCUUCAAAUUGCGGUCUAGACCACUCAUGUUUUCCUUUGGAAUAUUUGGUGCAAGUUUGGGUCUUGGAAGUAUUCGUAAUUGGGCAGCUUUGCAUAGAGCUCAUCAUCAAUUUACAGAUGAUACCGUCAAGGACCCUCAUCUGAUAAAAAGAGGGUUUCUUUGGGCACAUUGGGGCUGGCUAAUUAAAAAACCUAAGAUCCUUACUUUCUAUAAGGAAUUCAUUGAACAAGAAUUCCCACAAGAUUAUCAUUGUGCUCGGAAUAUUGUCAAUGAAGUAAAUGUUGAUGUUCCUCAAGAAUAUACCGAGUUUGAACUUCUUCGUAGUGAUUAUGAGUAUAAAAUCAACCAGUUUGUUCUUUGGCAAAGACGGUGGUAUUUCCCAUUGCUGAUGGUGACAACUUUGGUGAUUCCUGGUUUGGUGGCUAAAUAUAUUUGCCAUGAUACUUUUAUUAAUGGGAUUAUUUAUCCUGGAGUUCUUCGUAUGCUUCUUUGCCAACAAGCUAUUCUUAUAACUGAAUCUGUUUGUCAUAUGUCUAAUAUUGGAUUUCUGUUUCCAACACAAGUGUUCAGUGAGAAGAACUCAUCCCAGAAUUGUAACAACCCUUUGAUAUCCUUUUUAACUUAUGGACAACUGCGACAGAACUUUCAUCAUGAGUUCCCUCAUGACUACAGAUGUGGACACUCUGCAUUUGAUUAUGACCCUACAAAGUGGUUUAUAUGGGGACUUUCAUGUCUAGGAUUGGUAGAAGAAUUGUCAAAGACUCCACUUGAAUUGAUAACUCAAUUACAAAUUCAACAGCAACAACAAGUGAUCAACAGAGUAAAGAGUCAAUUGAAUUGGGGUACUCCACUUUCCAAACUUCCAUUGAUCACUCCAAGAGAAUUGAAUAGAAUCGUUAAUGCCAACGCUCUGGAUCGUAUCUACAUCAUCAUCCAAAACAUUAUUCACGACAUUACCCCAUUUAUGGACCAACAUCCUGGUGGUGUUGCAUUGCUAAAGGCAUCUCACGGGAAGGACGCAACAAAAGCGUUCUACGGUGGUGUUUAUGGACAUCUGACUGCUGCUGUUAACUUAUUAGCUACUAUGCGAAUUGGAGUGCUUGAUGUGGGUAACGAUGAAGAAGUAUGGAAACGUGUCGUGACUGAAGAGGGCUCUGUUAAAGAAGCUGUUUCAAGUAGAGGUGACUCCAAGCAAUACAGAACAGCGGAAGCUGCUUAA